GCUGUUGGUUUCUCGAGUCCAGGGUUUGUCGUCGUCGAUACCCGUCAGGAGAUCAUGAAGGGGAGUAACCUCCUCCUGUUAGUGUGUCUGCUGGUGCUCUUGGUGUUGUCUGAAUCCUCCAAGAGCUCUGCAGAUGUGCGAUGCAAGUGCAUCUGUCCACCAUACAGAAACUUGACAGGCCACAUUUACAACCAAAAUGUCUCCCAGAAAGACUGUAAUUGCCUACAUGUUGUGGAGCCUAUGCCAGUGCCGGGCAGGGAUGUGGAGGCUUACUGUUUGCUGUGUGAGUGUAAAUAUGAAGAAAGAAGCACCACUACGAUCAAGGUAACAAUCAUCAUUUACCUUACUGUUGUUGGAGCUCUACUGGUGUAUAUGGCAUUCCUGAUGAUAGUGGAUCCACUUAUCCGAAAACCAGAUUCAUAUAUUCAACCUCUGCAUAAUGAGGAAGACACUGAGGACACUCGUCCAUUUGCUCCAUCCCAUGGACAAGUUCGUGCCAAUACUGUUCUGGAGAGAGUGGAGGGAGCCCAGCAAAGGUGGAAGCGUCAAGUACAGGAGCAGCGUAAAACUGUCUUUGACCGACACAAAAUGCUCAGCUAAACAUCACUGCUUUCAACUUGCUGUAGUUCAGGCCUAGUCAUGUUUUCACUUUGAAGCAUGAAGGUUGGUUUUAAAUCUGAAGACUUAAUGCUGUCUCCCAGCUUUAUUUUAACCAGUCCGGUUAAAUGCAUCACACAUCAAUGUGAAGCAUUAAACAGUUUGCUUGGUAUUCCCUUUUGAGGAUGUGUCUCUGUAAAGUGAAUCCCUAAUGUCCCCUUUAAGUGUGGCUCCCUAAUUAAAUGUUCAAAAGAUUAAAAUUCUGCACGUGUGAGGAAGCCUCAGCAGUAGGAGAUAUAUUAGAGCUUCAUUGCCAAAACAUGAUUCAAGUUCUGCCUGCUUUGUUUGUUCAAGGGAUGUGGUGCUCAAUGCAAUCCCCUCCUCUACUGGUGUGAAUUAAGGUGCUGCCCACAGUCUUCUACCCCAUUCACACUGUAACUAAAGGGGAAUUGCUUGCUCACAUGCUCCAGGCGCCUUGAGAUUGCACUUCAGAAUAAUCAAGCACGUGGAAAGCUGGUCUGAGAGACAGCAGUAAGUGUACAGAUUCUUUCUCUUUUGCUUUCAUUGUCCUCCCCCUGUGUGUAACUCUCUCUUUCUCUAUGACUUUCAUGUGUAGAAAGGUGUGGUAGUCUUGUAUUUUGCUCAGUUAAAAUGCUAUGAAAUUUUGUGAAUGAAACAGUUUUUUUUUCUUUUCACUCCAAAGUAGCUGUGGUUUGCAAUUAGACCUUUUACUCCAAUGAGGUAAAUUAAAGUCACUUGUGUUAUAAAUGCAAAAUAAGAUUGGGCAUUGCAAAGCAUGGACUUCUGGCUUACAUUUACUGGAAGUGAUGGAUAUUAACUCAAAAGGCAUAAAACCCUGGUCCUUUUGCAGAGCCUGGUGAAGUUUCUGGUUUGUCAGCUGCCAUAUAGCUAGAAACACAGAGAAUGCUGGAAAAACUCAGCAGGCCUGGCAGCACUUAUCAAGAGAGAAAAACAGUGUUAGCUUUUCAAGUCCAGUAUGACUGUUCUUCAAAACAUUGUUUCCAGGUUCCAUAGUAUUUUCACACAAAGGUAUGUUCCUCCUGUCCUGACUAUCCUUUAAUGUUAGUUUUAUUACAAUUGAACUUCCUUCUCAGCAUUUUGAAAUAUUUGUUGCUUUGCAAAUUUGCUUUAAAGGAAUAUUCUCAGGCAAUAUCUUUUAUGUCCUAGUAUUGACUAUGUUGUUGAAUAAAAACCCUGAAAAUUCCCUUUGAAGUGGCUGGCUCAUUGGUUAAAGAGCUGCUCCCUUUCAGAGUGAGUAGAGUAAUGCUGUGAGGACAGCUCCCAGUGGCCCAGGCUUCUCCAGUGACUUGCCUAGAGCCCAGACCGGAAUACGCUUAAGCACAGGUUUGUUGGCCAUCUUACGCAGCUGUAUGGUUUUAACAUCUGUGUUUCUGAUGGUGUGGUGACAGAUUGCUCCUUUUGGAAGGAAUUUCCUAAUGUACAUUCACUUCCUUUGUCUCACUCACAUCUAAAUCAGUUGCUGCUGUGGCAACGUUUUGCAGCCCAAAAGUGUACAUAAAGCCGGAAAGCACAGCACCUCUUUAUUCAAAGGCGAUGUGAAAUUGGACAGCAGGUUUAUGUCAGAGUUCGACUCCUUUCUACACUGUGACCUGCAGUGAUGCCAACGUGUUACUGUCUCAGUGAGCCCAUGAUGCAAGUUAUCAUUCCCUUACUCCAUACGGCCCCUCGCACUGUUGAUCAAUUGAAGUUGUUACUUUGCUCUUAGGAAUUUGUCUUGAAAUCUCUCAACACUCCUUCCAAACAGCAACUGUUGAAUGUAAAUAUAAUACUUGAACAGAAGCUAAAAUAACCUAGCUCUAUAUGGGGAUUUUGUCAGAAAUCAAUCAGUUUUAAUCUGUGAUAUGUUCAACUUGUAUUAAAAUAAAUGAUCACCGUGUUGUAAUAAUCUACGUCAUUAUACCACAUAAUAGGUUUCUGGGCUCAGCUAGUUUAUUUAGGAGGACUGGGAGUACAGUAAUGAACAUCAAGGUCUGAGGAGCAGUUUACCUAUCCACUUUCUGUGAUGUACUGUAGCACCAGGUACAGGCUGGUUUGUGAUGCUGAAUAACACCAACAGCAUGGACUCAAGCCCUGCACCACUGAGGGUACCGUGAAGGAUUCGUGUUCUCAACCUUUUCCCUCUCCUGAGGCAUGGUGACCCUCAGGAUAAACCAUCAACAGUUAGCUCUAUCUAAUGAGAGAGCAGCCAUAUGGUCUGAUGACUUUACCUUUUGCCUUUACAUUGGAAAGUAUCUGCAGUUUGAGUUGUCCCUGUCAUACAUCUGUUGGAGCUGACCAAAUGGAAUAUGUUUGAUUCAGACAAUUUACUGAUCAUAUUUGAACAAGUUAUAUUCCAAUUGAACAGGUCUUUAUCCUAUAACUUGGUGUAAUAGAGUGCCUUCCUGUGUCAAUUAAAACAACCCCUUAUAAGGAAAGAGUGCUAGUAUGUUUAAUGAGUUGCUUAAAAGAGAUCCAGCAGGUUGAUCCCCUUGUUAAUCAGGAAUUUUGCAAGAAUUCAUCAAAAACAGCUUCAUAAAUUUUAAAUAAAGGAACACUGUCUGACAGAGGAAGAAAGUAUUGGGAAGUGGCAGAGUGAAGCAAAAAAGCAGAAGCUGAAAUAUUAAGUAUUAAAGGAUGUUUAUGGUGCUUGCAAGCUGGUGAGUUCAUGUGUUUCGACCUUUUCAAAGUUUGUGGGUAACUCGCCUUAAGGAAUUUGGCAAGAGGCAUUCUGCAGCUAUUAGCCAAAGGCUUUGAUGUGUUAAAUCCUUUAGUCUAGCCUCUGUUUGGCAUGGCUGUGCCCUUGAAAUCUUCCUGUUCUUUGAUCACACCUGAACACUGUCAGUGCAGUUGCUAGUCCUGUGGUAAUCCGUGGACUCACUAAUAUCUGAACCUUAAUUUGUCUCUGUGAUCAGUUCUCAAUUGAUUUCAAGUAUCUAAGCAUUUUACCUUUUUGAAUAAGAGAAGGGAAAGAAAAUAAAAAGUAUUAUCGCUCAUCCCUCUCUCUCCAGACUAGACUUCCAUGGCCAGUCACAUUACUGUACACCCCUGUUCUUUCAGGGAAAGUCUUUGAAUCUGUUUGAAGAUCAUUGGUUGCUGAAACAUUUUGAGGGGACUGUCUAUUUGAAUCAAAACCGCUAACAUGACACUGGAAUCUCCUUGGUUUUGGUAGGGUGAGAGUGACUAGACAGUAUUGAUGUGUGUGUUACUUGUGUUGGAAAUUUCUGUGUUGCAUUGUAAAAGAACUACAACUUUUUUUGUUAUUAUACCUCAUGAGCGCACAAUGCUUUGGACUGUAAUGUGUGAGUAUUAAUUUUUGGUUUUUUUAAACUGGUAAAUUAUCAACUUGCGAUUUGCAGGAGUUUCCACUUCUUUGCCUAGUGAAGUUGGAGGUCAAGCCCAAUGAAUAAAUCAUCUGAAGAGUGAAGUUUAUUAUACUCAUGGGCUGACAAUAUUUUAAAACAAAUCGUAGACUGUGUUUGCGUGUGCGUGCGCGUGCGUGUAUAUUCCGUAUUUAACAUCGGACAGUCCUAAUGUCUGGGACAUCAGAUCAUCGCCUGCAGACAUUAGUAAACAAAUCUAGUGGCUGCCCUUGCAAUCAGCUAGUCUGGACUUUGAGGACUGUUUAAUUUGUGGACCAUCUCUUAUUUUUCUGAAAUGUUCAGAUUUGUCAACUCUGGCUUAAUUCCUCUUGGUUUAUUUUCCUGUGAAAAUGAAAUUAGCCACCAGCUGUAAGGUAACCUCUUGCUGUAAAACUGGGCAGCACUUCAUAGCACUCUGAUCUGUAAAGCAGCAUAAUGCACACAGUGUAAACGCUGAGAGGUUCACUGUUAGGGGUUUCCAUAAUGGUAUGACUCGAUACAGUAAGUCUGUUAAUUAUUAUCUACAUAAUCACUGCACUUCAAAUGUAAUUCAUUUUAUGAAGUGUGUUCAGAUGUUUCAAUGUGAUGUAUGAAUAUGCAAAUUAAUAUAUACCCUAGUCAUUGCACUGUAACUUCUACAAAUUUGCUGCAAAAUAAUUAUUUGAGGUUGUAGAUUUAUUUGUUAAUCAAAUUAUCUUAUUUCUGAACUGAGAUCCACACUUCUUUGUUUCGAAUAGGAAGCUUCAGUUUACUUCCUGAGAUUUGUAUUCAUAUAAUGCUGUCUGAUUAUUCAAAGAAUCAAAAACUUUCUACAGUACAAAUGGUUUAUUCCUUGAAUGAUUUUUGGUUUAUAGUAAACUCAAUGUGGAUUCUACCCCAGAAUGAAAUCUCUGACUGGAGACUGAUACAACAGAGCAUAUCCUUCUGGUGAUUGGGGUGGACGGUAUUGUGAGAUCUGAGCAUGGCAGUUCACCUGUGCUGUUUAUAACAGGAAGAAGGAAGCGCAUCCACUUUGAUUUUGUCAUGUCACUGCAUAUAAUUUGGGGCAAGAACCUACACAUGAAGUAGGAAUCUUUUGGGGCUGUUCUGUUGGCUGAGCAAGUUAACCUCGGUGCAGCUUUUUCAUCUGCAGAAAAAAUGUGUUUAUUCCUGCGGGAAUAUGUGUGUGUGUAAAAGCACUGCACUAUUGUGAAAAAUUUAUCAUCUUUUUCUCUACGUUGCAGAAUCUAAUGGUCUCGCUGGUACCUGUGAGUUUAAUGUCUCACUUUUUUUCUAUGUGAAUAAUUGAUUUGAAGUGGAAAUCAUUUUCUUGUUUAAUUUAAUUCCAAUUUUUUUUGUCACUGUAAAAAUGACUUGUUUAAUUCUGAAUUUUAUGAACUGCAAGA